GCAGGGGGGCAAGGCAGGAAACUAUGUGAGGAAGGUGGACGGGGAUACAGCGCGAAAGGAGUGAGUGAGCAGAGGGAGGGGGAACCCGAGAGCGAGAGAGCAGUCCGGAUCUGCAGCCCAAAGGAGAAGAGCCAGCAGGAGGCGAAAAGGAGGGAGCCGAGGCAGAAGGUGGCUCCUGGGCGAAGGAAGUGGGUGAGAGGAGCCGACGCGUCACAGAGUAAAAGAGGCUCCAGCGGCGGCUGCACCGCGCGCGAGGGGGGGCAUUGCCGGGGCACUUUGCGUGGGGAGGAGGCGAAGGAACAGCCCCCCCCCUCAGCUGCCCGAGCGAGGGAGGGGCGCCCACAGGAGAAGCCCAGUUCCAGCGGCCUGGAGCAGCAGCCGCGUCGCUGAGGCGAGCCAUCACCGGCGACUGGUGGGCGCCCGCGCGGGUCCCUUCGAAGGGGCGACAGGGCCAACAGCGGCGGCAGCGGCGGCGGCGGCAACGGCAUGUUAUUCCCCACCGGCUUCGACUGAGGCGGGAUGAGGAUCCGCCCGCUCUAUCUGGGCAAGGUGCUAAGGAGGAGGUUCCGCCUCGUGCUGGUCUUCGGGGUGCUGGUCGUGGGGCUCUGCGCAGCCUACUUGGAGCUGGUGGUGUUGGCCGACGGCGGAGGACACCCCUUGAACCGCAGAUAUGGAAGCUGGAGUGAACUAGCUAAAGCUCUGGGAAACCAAGAUAGCCCUGUAGCAGAUCCAAGCCUUCAGUUUUAUCUGCCUCAGAAACCAGAAAAUCUGAUUCAGAACCGAGUUAACCAAAGAAGCCAAAGCAAUAAGGCAGAUUCUGCAACUCUGAAUAACUCUGUCAACUCGAGGCCUGAGCUCCAAGGCCAAGUCAAUCUUCAUGUCUUUGAGGACUGGUGUGGUAACUCUAUUGAACAUCUGAGGAGGAAUCUCCAUUUUCCACGGUAUCCUCACACACGGACCACUCUGAAGAAACUGGCAGCGUCUCCAAAAUGGACAAACUAUGGAUUGCGCAUAUUUGGCUAUCUGCAUCCAUUCAGUGAUGGUGAGUUCCAGUUUGCCAUUUCUGCCGACGACAAUGCAGAGUUCUGGCUGAGUCUAGGAGAGAACAUCUUGGACCUCCAGUUGCUGGCAAGUGUUGGCAAGACUGGGAAGGAGUGGACGGCACCUGGGGAGUUCAGGAAAUUCAAGAGCCAAAAGUCAAGACCAGUGAAAUUGUUGGCCAGGAGCAAGUACUAUUUUGAGGUGCUACACAAGCAAGAUGAUAAAGGCACAGAUCAUGUGGAAGUGGCAUGGAAGCUGAAUGACCCUGAAGCUAAGUUUGCAGUUAUUGACUCUCAGUUCCUCUCCCUUUAUGCUAAUGAAACCCUUUUGAAAAUGGACGAGGUUGGUCACAUCCCACAGACACUGGCUACUAAUCCAAGACAGAAUACUCACAGUCAAGGUGGAAUGGAACACUCAGCUGACAUGCUAAAGCCUGACCCUCGGGACACCAUUUAUAAAUUGCCUCUCAUAAGGAAGUCACAGUUGCGCAAGAUCCUUCCAGACUGCCCUUACAAACCAAGCUACCUGGUCAAUGGAUUCCCUUUGCAGCGCUAUCAAGGGCUUCAGUUUGUUCAUUUGUCUUUUGUAUAUCCCAAUGACUACAGUCGCUUGACUCACAUGGAGACAUAUAAUAAGUGCUUUUACCAGGAAAAUGACUAUUACCUGAGCAGAUUUGGAUUCUCCAAAUACAUGAAAAUGGACCAUCCAGAAGGGAGAAAUCCAGAGUCUGAGGAAAAAACAAAACUGCCAGGUGUGCAUCUUCAUGGCUAUCAAGAAGAAGGUUUUGAUGAUAACCAGUAUGAAGACCUAGAAACAGAAGGCAUGAAUCCUCCAUUAAACUCCACCAGACCAAAAGUGGAAAGAAAUUCCAACCUGGCAGCGGAGUACGGCAAUGUUUAUGAUUAUUCCCUGCAAAAGCGGCGGAAUCUCUUGUCAGUUGCUGGAAAAGGAACGCAGAGAAAAGAAUCCAAAAGGCAGAUAAUGACAUUGGUCAAUCAGACCAACAGUAACACCAGCCCAGAAAGAAAUUCACCAAUGAGGAGGCCGCAUUUGAACAGCAGAAUCCAAGGAAACGCCAAAAGCUCUCCUCAUCGUUACAGGAGUGCCCAUGAGUUAUCAAGUACCAAGAGAAAAGCAAGAGACGAGGGCUUACAGGCUAAGAAGAUGCCCAAAGGGGCUGGGGAACAAAAUCCCAUUAGUCACAGGGGCUCAGCUGGAAGGAUCCCAAGAGAAACCUUAAAUUUUAAUUCAAACAGAAACAAGGGGCCAUCAUUAGACACCACAAAAACAAGGAGGCAAUCCCAAGAACCUGACAAAGGAGCUGGAAAAGCAACCCUACGACAACAGACUAUUCACAAGGACCAGUGGCUUAACCAGGUAGACUCAUAUAUAGCCCAACAUAAGGCAGCAGAUGCUGCAAAUGUCAUUUUAGGAAGGAUGGAUCUGGAUUCCCAGCAGCCUGUCACGACUGAUUCUGCUCAGCUAGCAGUGCAUGAAGAGGAGAGUAAAGACGAGGUGGUGGUGGUUGAGGAAAUGGAAGAAGGGGAAAAUGAAGAAGAGGAGUUUGAAAACAUGCCUGCAUUUGACCAGCUAGUGAACUGGGAGCAGACUUUCAGGGCAAAUAACUUGGACUUCCAGAUGCUGAGGACAGACUGGAUUGACUUGAAGUGCAACACUUCAGGAAACCUGCUGUUAAAAGAGAAGGAAGCCCUUACGAUCACUCAUUUAUUCUUAAAGAAACUCAACCAAAAGAACAAAGGGCGAUUCCAACUGCUGCGCAUUGUGAAUAUAGAGAAGCGGCAGGAUCACCUGCGAGGCAGCCGCUACUUUCUGGAGCUGGAGCUGUUGGAGCGGGACAAGCGCAUUGUCCGUUUCUCGGAAUACAUCUUUGCACGGGACUGGCAUGGUAUAAGUAGUGGCGAGGAGGAGGAAAUUAUGAAGGAUUUGGCUUGGGGCCGCCAGCGUCACCUGUUGGCCAGCAAAACUGAGUUUGUCCUAUGCUGGCCAUCGGGCUUUUCCUGGAAUCAUCGUGCCGUUGUCCACUUCAUAGUGCCAGUGAAAAACCAGGCACGCUGGGUGCUGCAGUUCAUUUCUGAUAUGGAAGAGCUGUUUAGGGUUACUAAGGAUCCCUAUUUCAACAUCAUCAUCACAGACUACAGUAGUGAUGACAUGGAUGUAGAAAAGGCUCUCAAAAGGUCCACCUUGCGCAGAUACCAGUAUUUGCGGCUAACAGGGAAUUUUGAGCGCUCUGCAGGCCUGCAGGCUGGGAUAGACCUAGUGAAGGAUUCACACAGCAUCGUUUUCCUGUGUGAUCUGCACAUCCAUUUCCCGUCAGGGAUCAUCGACUCAAUUCGGAAGCACUGUGUGGAAGGGAAAAUGGCCUUUGCACCCAUGGUUAUGAGGCUGCAGUGUGGUGCAUCCCCACAAUGGCCUGAUGGCUACUGGGAAGUGAAUGGCUUUGGUCUCCUGGGUAUAUACAAGUCUGAUCUGGUCCGAAUUGGAGGCAUGAACACCAAAGACUUUGGGGAGCAAUGGGGAGGAGAGGACUGGGAACUCUUGGACAGAAUCUUUCAGGCCGGCCUGGAGGUGGAACGACUCUCUCUCCGAAACUUCUUCCACCACUUUCACUCCAAGCGGGGUAUGUGGAACCGGCGUCAGCUGAAGAUACGAUAGACGUUUGCACUCCCGAAUCCCAGCGUGCACUUUAUCCAGACAUAUCAAGAAGCAUACGCUCCCACAGCAAUAAUAGUAUGAAUUCAGAAGUUGCAAGAAAAGUCAAAGCAUAUUAUUGAGAGCUUUCUAGAGAAAGAAAUAGAAUUGGGAAGAAAACAAUCCUACCUCUAGCUUCUUCCAUCCAGAUAGCAAUUUCUGAAAGCCUGAAACCAACUUUCUCACCAGCAUGUCACAGGAGCACUUCUGAGAAGCAAAAAAGCCUAUGUAGGAAGCUGCCUUAUUCCGAGUCAGACCAAAUGGUCCACCCAGCUCAGUAUUGUCUACACUGACCACCAGCGGCCCUCCAGAGUGUCAGGCAGGGAGUCUUUCCCAGCCCUACCCGGGAAUGCCGAGCAUUGAACCUGGGACCUUCCGCAUGCAGAUCAAGUGCUCUACCACUGAGCUAUGCCCUUUCCCUAAAGUGCCUCUUCCCUCCUCCUCCUCUUCCUGCCCCCCCCCCCAGUUUCCUCAAUGGUACCUUCCUAUUUCUUACAAGGUUUUUCCUGAUACACGUUCACUUCUUAAAAGUAAAAUUAACGACACAGUUCUACGGUCAACGGGUACAAAUGAAAAGGAGUGCCUUGCACAAUGUGUUAGAAAGAGGAAUAUACCCUCAUGUGUAGUGUGGAUUAUUUUUAAUGACGCAGCUUCUUCUUUUUUGAGAUACUUGAACAAAAAACAUGUCCUGAAAUACAUGCCUUUGGACCAAAGAUGUGGGUUAUGUCUGAUUACCUGUACAGUGGCCCAGCCAGGACAUAUUAAGGGGCCCAGCGUGUUCCUCUCCUCACUUAAAGCAUAUUGUGCUCUACUCAGGUACUCAGGUACUUCAGGUUGAAACUGAAGUGCCUUUCCCUUCUGACUGACUGCAUUUUUCUUGCUUAAUCAACAGCCUGUUUGAUUGAAUUACUAUCAAAGAGGGUCAAAGCCUUGUUAGGACUUGAAAUAGGUUGUUGGCACAGAAUUGUGUUUGUCUUGACAGUCAUAUGGAGCGUGGCAUAGGAAACACAGGGAACGGGGAAAAUGAACACGAGACCAUCACCUCUUCCUUGAAUACUAAGUGUGAUCUAGCAGUUGGGAGAUUCAUUUACAGCAGAGAUGGGAGACCUGUAACCUCCCAGUCGUUGUUGGAAGUACAAUUCCCAUCAUCCCUGACCAUUGGCCAUGCUGGCUGGGGCUGAUGGAGUCCAACAACAUCUGGAGGGCAAGUUUCCCAUCCUUGAGUUACAGUGCAAUCCUGGGCAUGUUUUUUAGAAGUAAGACCCAUUGAAUUGUAUAGCUUUUAUAUGCUUUUUUCCUAUUUAUUUUGUAGAUUUAAUGUUGACUUGUUUGUAUUUUUUAUUUUAAUGUGUUCCAAGCCACCCUGGGGAAAAAAUCUUUUUUUUUAAGGGCAUGAUAUAAUAUUUUAUAAAAUUAAUUAAGAAAUUAAAGUUAUGAUUUUAUUAUUACGCUCUUGUAUUGAUUAUAUAAAUAAAGAUAAUAAUAAUUAUUAUUAUUAUGUAUCAAGAAGAGGUGUCCCAGCAUCAACAUACAUGGAGCUUAUCUACAUGGCCAUUUAGGAAGGACCAGGGAGAAAGCCUUUGAUGCUAGCUGAAGUGAAAUUUGGGCCUGACACUUUCAGGAAACACACCAGUCAACGUCCUUGUGGCAGAGUAUACAUCACACACAAUAGAUAACUGCUGUGUGUAAAAUGUGCAGCUGGGUUCACUGAUGAAGGCAGUUUUGGGGUGUGUGUGUCUAUAUGUGUGCACGCCAAACAAUAAUGGAAGUGGCAUUUUCUGUCCCUAACACAUAAGUUCCCAGAAUCCUUUCUGUUAACUCUUUCCUCCACAACUGUGCACCACCACCACCCUGGGCAUGCUUUAUUUCAGCUUGAUAAAAUGGCUUAGGAAAUUUUUUUCAAGCCUGAAUGUGGAGUAGGGGCCAGAGGCCAAGGCUAUGGGAUGGAUGGGAAGACCCCGCAGGCCACAUCCGGCCUGUGAGCUGGUGGUUCCCCCACCCCAAUCUAAAGUCGAAGUAAACCUCUUUCUUCGAAACAAUUAUUUAAUCAUAUUUAAAUGUGCUCAGAUUUAAUUAUCGUAUUACUUAAUCAACAAGAUCUCUUUAACUGGGUGACACACAGACACAAACAUUGGAUGUGCAGAUCAGGAUGUGCUUUUGCUAGCAAGUCAAAGAA